AUGAAUGCCAGUGGUCCUGGCUAUCCCUUAGCCUCUCUCUACGUGGGAGACCUGCACCCAGAUGUGACCGAAGCCAUGCUCUAUGAGAAGUUCUCCGCUGCUGGGCCCAUCAUGUCCAUCCGAGUCUGUCGGGACGUGGCCACGCGCCGGUCACUGGGCUAUGCCUACAUAAACUUCCAGCAGCCUGUGGAUGCUGAGCGAGCCCUGGACACCAUGAACUUUGAGGUGAUCAAAGGCCGACCCAUCCGCAUCAUGUGGUCCCAACGGGACCCUGGGCUCAGGAAAUCAGGGGUUGGAAAUGUUUUCAUCAAGAACCUGGAUGAUUCCAUUGAUAACAAAGCCCUGUAUGACACAUUCUCUACCUUUGGAAACAUCCUGUCAUGCAAGGUGGUUUGUGAUGAAAAUGGAUCCCGUGGCUAUGGCUUUGUCCACUUUGAGACGCAUGAGGCAGCAACUCGGGCCAUUGAGACCAUGAAUGGGAUGUUGCUCAAUGACAGGAAAGUGUUUGUUGGACACUUCAAGUCCCGCAAAGAGCGUGAGGCAGAGGUUGGGGCUAGGGCAAUAGACUUCACCAAUGUCUACAUCAAAAACUUUGGGGAUGACAUGGAUGAUGACAGAUUGCGGGAAAUAUUCUCCAAGUUUGGAAAGACGUUGAGUGUCAAGGUCAUGAUGGACAACAGCGGCCGCUCAAAGGGCUUCGGGUUUGUCAACUUUGAGAAGCACGAAGAAGCCCAGAAGGCGGUGGCUGACAUGAACGGGAAGGAGAUCAACGGGCGGGUGCUGUACGUGGGCCGAGCCCAGAAGCGGCUGGAGCGCCAGAGCGAGCUCAAGAGGAAAUUUGAGCAGAUGAAGCAGGAGCGGGUGAACAGGUACCAGGGGGUCAACCUGUAUGUGAAGAACUUGGAUGAUGGGAUAGAUGAUGAGAGGCUGAGGAAGGAAUUCUCUCCCUAUGGCACCAUCACCAGUGCCAAGGUGAUGACAGAGGCUGGCCGCAGCAAAGGGUUUGGGUUUGUAUGUUUUUCCUCCCCAGAAGAGGCUACCAAGGCUGUGACAGAAAUGAACGGACGGAUCGUCAGCACAAAGCCUCUCUACGUCGCGCUCGCUCAGAGGAAAGAGGAGAGGAAAGCAAUUCUCACCAACCAGUACAUGCAGAGAUUGGCCACUAUGAGGCCCCUGCCUGGCCCUCUCCUGGGGUCCUUCCAGACCCCCCCGGGGUACUUCCUCCCCCCCAUGCCCCAGCCACAAACCAGAGCUGCCUUCUACGGCCCCAGCCCUGUUGUCCCAGUCCGCCCUGCCACUCGCUGGAGUGCACAGCCCUCCCGGCCUCCCUCAGUGUACCCUGAGGCCACCCCCAUCCUGCGGGCUGCCGUGCCGCCCCGGCGCCUGCUGUCCAACAUCAGCACCACGAGACAGGCCUCCACACAGGUGCCCCGUGUGCCCCCCCAGGCCCAGAGAGUGGCCAACAUCGGGACGCAGACGGUCAGCACCCGGGUGCCCUCCUCGUCUGCCCUGCCACGGGGUGCCCAGCAGUACAAGUACUCCUCAUCUGCCAGGAACAUGCAGCCCAUGGGGCACAUGCAACCCAUGAUGGCCCCACAGGUGGGAGAACCUGCUGUGCAUGUCCAGGGCCAGGAGCCACUGACAGCAUCCUUGCUUGCAGCAGCCCCUCCUCAGGAGCAGAAGCAGAUGAUCGGUGAACGCCUCUACCCUCUGAUCCAUGUGAUGCAUCCCUCGCUGGCUGGCAAGAUCACUGGGAUGCUGCUGGAGAUCGACAACUCCGAGCUGCUGCUGCUCCUGGAGUCCCCAGACUCCCUGCGCUCCAAGUGCAGAUUUACACUGGAGCAACUCAACUUCUCCCCCUUGUUCUGUUGUAAGAUCGAGGAAGCGGUCACUGUUCUCCAGGCACACCAGACCACCGAGACACCCCACAAGGGCAGUGCUGGGGCGUUCCUGCAGUGACUCCAGACUGUGUGACUGAGAGCAAGCCCUGGGAAUGUUGCUGUUGAAGAACAGGAGCAGGACCCCCACCAUGCUGUUGGAAUCAUGCCUGUACAGUGACCCUGGCUUGUCUUGAAAUGCCCCAUCCUAUUGUUUGUGUGUAUGGUAACCCCUGUAGAAUUGCCUCCUCCUGCACCUGUAAAAACCCUCACA